GGACGGGCUGUCCGCACAGCCGCUAUCACAAUCCCUCGCCAACAUCAACCCCCAAGCGCCAUCUGUGAUCAAGGUGGAUCCGAAAUGGCCGCGACGGUGCUGAGCCAUACUCAGGCCCCCACGCGCGGCACGCACAGCAGCUCUACACGCGACGCCGUGCGACCGGCAAUCUUCCAGGCCUGGGCUCUCGGCGGCACCGGCCUUGUCACUGCAGCAGCAUUAUGGCUGUAGCUGGACGUCGUCUCCAAUGGUUGGACGCAAGAUCUAGGUCCUCCCGGAGACAUGUGCACUUGAAUAUGUGAUGCAGGCAGCCUGCCAUUUCCACUAUGAUUAACGCCCCUCUCGCAUGUACAAUACUUGGAUAAAGCCCCUUGCUCACACAGCAAUCGGUACCUUCCAGGAAUUCGCCGAACGACGGUGCCAUAACCAUGUCGAGCAGAACUUCCAUCCACACACCAGCAAUUCAAUCCAACCCAGGGACAAACCCUUUCUCUACACCACUCAGACACAGCCGUGCUCCAUCAGUCAGCGAGCACAGUGCGAGUGGACGGGCGACCUCCUAUCUCCCGCCACCAGAUGCGAAUGGCUCGCAACAACCUUUAAGGAAGAGGUUCAAAAGCGCACGCCUAGUUCCAGGGGAGUACGAUGAGAAGCCUUGGGCCCUUUCAAAACACCCAAAGCUGAAGUGGGAGCGGGCCAUCUUCUACGGUAGCAUCGGUCUGGGCGUCGCCAUCGGCGCCUUCAUCUGCUACCGAGCGUAUGCCAGCGUGACAAACCACGAGUAUUGCAUGGUGUUGGAAGAUGACUUCCACAAUAUUAACAAAGACAUUUGGAACUACGAGAUCCAGAGAGGAGGGUUUGGCAGCGGCACUUUUGAGUGGACUACGAAUGAUCCAAAGAACAUCUAUACAGAUGCCGAUGGUCUUCACAUUGUGCCCACUCUGACGACCGAGAGCACUGACAUCACGCGAGACCAGCUCAUCGACAACUAUGUUCUUAAUCUGACAACCGAUGGUACAUGCACAGCAAAGGGCAUUGACAACUGUUCCAUCCGGUCCAACAAGACGGCUGGAACUAUCAUCAACCCUGUUCGUAGCGCUCGUAUCUCUACGAAGGGUAAAAAGACAAUCAAGUUUGGUAAAGUCGAAGUUGUCGCCAAGAUGCCCCAAGGAGACUGGCUUUGGCCAGCGAUCUGGAUGAUGCCUGACAAUGACACCUAUGGCGAGUGGCCUCGUUCGGGUGAGAUUGACAUUGCUGAAAGUAGAGGCAACGCUGGGGACAAUUACACCAGUGGUGGUCGAGAUUCAAUUAUCAGCGCACUGCACUGGGGGCCCCUCCCAGAGGCUGAUGGAUUCUACAAAACGAGCGGCCAACACCAGGUCCGUCGGACCGACUAUGCUUCUGCCUUUCACACAUUUGGUGUGGAAUGGAGCGAAGACUACCUCUUUACAUACAUUGAUUCAAGGCUUUUGCAAGUCUUCUUUCUCAAAUUCAACAAGUUGAUGUGGAACCGUGGAGGAUUUAGUGAGAAACUCGUGAACAACUCGGCACUCUACAAUCCCUGGGCCGCCACCGGAAAAAGUAACACGCCUUUUGACCAGCCGUUCUACCUCAUCUUGAACGUCGCUGUUGGCGGGACGAACGGGUUCUUUCCCGAAGGCGUAGGAAACAAGCCUUGGGGCAACCAGUCACCCACAGCACCCAAAGAGUUCUUCGAUGGCAUCACUAAUUGGAUUCCGACUUGGGGUGAGGGUGACAAGCGAGGGAUGACCGUCAAAUCUGUCAAGAUGUGGAGUCAAGGCGCUUGCUAGCGGGCCAGCGCUCCCAUUCCAACGGUUGUGCUUGCGUGUUUCGCGGGGUUCAAGGGUUCUCAGACUCUGUAUACGGCCUCUCCACACUGUAACAUCUUCUUGGAUUAAUUGGUAAUACUUAGGCUAGAUUCAAUGAUCUACAAUACAC